GAUGCGGCUCGUGGUCGACGUCGUGGGAAUAUCAUCACGUUACUUGACGAUGAGUACCUUCUGGGCGAGGUUGGGUUCCCCACUGAUUGUCCUAUCCCGAAUUUUGCGAUGAAAACUUGCUCUGUGUGCAAAACGGAUCGGUUCAAAACUUCUAUGGGCGCAGAUGAUGGAGUUUAUUGGCGUAUUCCUCUAGCGGAUCUAAUCAGCUCCAAGGGCCGAUGCGAGUCGUGUGGGAUGUUGUCGAAUGCAGUGGAGUACAUGAAAGAUGAAGUGAGAAGGGUGAAGAAAAUCCAGCAGGGGAAAAAGAUCAAGAAGAUAUUAGACGAAAAAAUGGAAAAGUUGCUCAAGGAAACGGUGAAAGAUAUUUUGGACGAAGGGCUGAAAUCAGCGGAGGAAGCAAAGCUGAAGAAGAGCAUGGACGAAGAGUUUGAAAUCAGGGUGGAAAAGGCUUGCGAGAAGGCACACCGAAACGCAUCUGCCCUUGUGGUACACUACAAGAGGCCCGAGAAUCGAUUGCUCCUGAUGCUCAGUGAUUGCAAUCUAAAGGAGACCAUAUCGUUUCCGUUCGAGGUCUACCGUCUUCCAACCGAAGUGAUUGAUUAUCCCAAUGUAAUCGACCGUGGCGUCCCCUGGAUAGGAAUCAGGCAGAGCAGUCACAUGGUCGGGAACCAAAACGUGGAUGCAGCCGUUGCAUGGGUGCAGUCGCACAUAAAAGCGUGCGAUGAAAAGCACGGCUGCAUCGCGACAGCUGCUAAUUCUGAUCCAUUUCUGCCAACACGCGUUCUGGAUCUGGGCGAUCGAAACCCUGUUAUCCGACUGUGCGAGACUGGGGGGACGCAGAGAGACCGCUAUGCGACGCUGAGUCACUGCUGGGGUCGCAGCCAUCACCUUGUGACUUUGCGGAGUAACAAAGAAGACUUGAUGAGAAAGAUUAAGCACGAUGAGCUCCCAAAGACCUACAGCGAUGCUAUCCUCUUGACGCGGGCGCUGAACAUCCGCUAUCUGUGGAUUGACUCGCUUUGCAUUGUACAAGACGAUAAGGAGGACUGGCGCGCUGAGGCGGCGCGCAUGGGCGAUGUUUACCGCUACAGCCAUGUGACCAUUGCGGCCACUGCGGGUGAAGAUGGUAACGCAGGCUUGUUUGACAACCAAGGCAAAAAUGCUGCUAAAGUCAGAUGCAAAGAGCUAGAACGCAGGCUGGAAGGUGACGGAGGAAAGACUCGGAAUGCGGUUCGGGGCAUGAACGUAGAAGAAGGGGAGGAUGCUGGGAAGCAAGUCGGCCAUGGUAGCACUGCAUCUCAAUCCAAGGCUGGAGUCCGAGGGAAACCGGGUGGGAGAUGCUCGAAUGGAAAGAUCAAGGGUGGCAGAUUAGACAAGGAUUCGGGGAAAUGUAGGCAAAAGGUGGAACAAAAAGAUGAACAAGGGACACCAAAGGACCGCAUCUUCGUGCGUCGCCAAGCUCGCCACGACGCUUUCUCUCGCUUUGAUCCGUCGGGCCCACCCUUGUUGACUCGCGCCUGGGUAUACCAGGAACGCGUCUUGUCGACUCGAGUGCUGCACUUCGACGCCGACGAGCUGCUGUGGGAGUGUUCCGAAACAUUUGCUUGCGAAUGCGGUGCGGUCGAAGCGCGUAACACGAAGCGCGCCACGGUGAAAAAAGGUCGACCGGAGAGCGGCGGCCCGGUUACUGAGUGGCUCGAUACAUACCAGUGGGUAGACAGCAAACGUAGUCACGACACAAUACGAGAGCAUCCGCGCCUCCUCCGCGAACGCUUCCGUGGCGUUGUCUCCGACUACGGUCGCCUGAGGCUGACCAAGGAGUGCGACCGCCUUCCCGCGCUAGCUGGCAUCGCGCGGGAUUUCCGUGGUUACAGUCGCGGCCGCUAUUUGGCCGGCCUGUGGGAAGACACGCUGUGGACAGACCUACAGUGGGAGACAGGUACGCCUGCUCCGACCGAAGAUACAAGAGUAUCCCACGCGCCGACAUGGUCGUGGGCUGCCGCGGCUGAACCCUUCUACGACUGGUUGGAUCCUCUUGGUGCGCCCUGCAUCGAUGGCCAGCUGGUUGUGGCGGCCGAGGUGGAAUCACUGGGGCCUGACGAGUUUGGUGUGUGCGAGCGCGGGUUCGUUGUGCUGCGCGGGUCUCUGCGAGAUGUUCGUCUGCAGACGCGGGCGAGAAAUACCAGGGAGGGGAAAUUAGUGAAUCGACACGUUUCCGUGGUGGGAGAGAUGGGUCCGCACGCGAGAGUGAGCCUAGACUUCACGCCAGGAUGGGAUAAGGACGAGGAACUGCAGGGAGCGACUGCGUUGCUACAAGAGCAGCUUAGAACCGCCACCGUCGAAAAAGCGCACCGAGAACAGGAAGAGAAACAGAAACGGGAACAGACUCGGACGCAGAAGGAGCGAGACAAUAAGACGGAACCCCGAGACGACGACAUCACCACAGUCGUCAUCGGCGAGUCCCCACGCCUCUACCAGUGCUUCUACCUUACGCAGCGCGCUGCUCUGCUCCUGCGCCGAACCGCGCCAGGAAUUUCCGUGUACCACCGCGUAGGGAUCAUCUUCGACUUUCAGACGCUCGGUCCGGAAAAUGGGUCUCGGAGUAUGAAGAUAGUGAAGAUAGUGUAACAAGGGGAAUGCGAUGGAAGGUGCGUAAAACGCGUUCUUGGAACUGGGAGUGCGAAUUCCUCACUGAUGGCGAUAAGGCCUAGGUACCUGUCCGGACCAGAAUUAUACUUGUCAGAUGUUAUCCAACCAAUGGGGCUAUCGCAUCCUCUACUUCUCGAGAUGCUUAGACCCAGUCUGUCGUU